UAGAAAACCAAAAACCGAAUACGCACGUCUGUUAGUCUGCAUUUUUAGGCUCUCUGGGUGGACGACAGCAGAACCGAAAAAGCACAGGUCGGGCAGCGGGUUGGUCAGGGAGGGUAACAGGUUAUGCAAUAAGGGAAGGAGUCGUUUAACACCGCCCAUCAGGUGUGUCACAUUUUUACAAGCCAAGUGUAGAUUCACCAAGAGCCUUUUUUGCUCCGAUAAAACAGCGGUAACUUACGUGAUUCCUUCCAAUAAACUUACAUGAAGGGACUUUAACAGAGGGAUUAAUUAUAAAUGUCUCAUCCUAUGUAUCGGAUAUGGCCUCUGUUUCUCCUGGGAGGACUGGUGGUGCCAGGGGUGCGACAUGUCAGUGGAAUUGAGAUUUACACUCCAACUGAGGUGGAAGCACUCAACGGGACAAAUGUGAAACUCAAAUGCACAUUCACCACCACUCACCCAUUGUCACCUAAGACCACCAUAGUGUCCUGGAACUUCCGUUCACUGAAUUCAAGAUCUGAUGAGUCAGUGUUUUACUACCAGGAGGUACCAUACCCUCCCCAGCAAGGGCGUUUUAAAGGCCGUGCAGUGUGGUCGGGAGAUAUUAUGAGACGAGACGCCUCCAUCACCCUGCAGGAUGUGCCGCCGACCUUUAAUGGCACCUACAUCUGCCAAGUGCGCAACCGUCCAGAUGUGCACGGCAGUAAUGGAGAGAUCAUCCUUAAAGUUGUCAACAAAGUGUCCAUCUCUGAGAUCGGCAUCCUGGCAGCAGCAGUGGGAGGCGCCUGCGGUGUAAUCCUGUUACUCCUCAUUAUCAUUGUGGUAGUGAGGUUCUACAGGAAAAGGGGCACGGAAGACGACAUUGAGAUGCACUCGCGGGAGCAAGAGUGGAAGGACCCGACCGUGUGUAAACCUGAAGAGGCAGUUCACCUGAAAGUAAUGACAAAGGAGAAAGAAGUUGGUAGUUCAGACGAUGAGGAGUCUGAACCCAGUAGCGGAGAUGAUGAGGAGGAAGAAGACGGCGAAGAAGACGACGACGAUGAUGAUGACGAUGACGAUUGCGGUGGUGGUGAUGAUGAUGAUGAUUGAAAUCAGACACAUUCCCUUGAUUAGAAUCGUUUUGCAAUUCAUUAAAAUGGUUGAAAUGUUGAUGUAACUUAUUGUACAGAGUUCAGUGCAGUGGCCACUGAAUUGGAGCAUUAUAUUAGAAGUUUUAUGGAUGUGUGUCUCAUUUGUUGUACAUGAUGGCCCUAGCUUUGCUCCUUUAUGCUAAUGUGAUUGGAUUUCCACACAGCCGCUACUGGAAAUUCAUUGCCUCGGAUCAAUGUUGUGAAAAUUCAUGAAUUUUCAUGUUGAAUAAGUGGACUAUAGAUUUUUAAAAAGCAGAGCCAGUUUAACUUUGGCUCAUUACCAACACCACCCCACACUAAUGCACACAGCGUCUGUGCUGUCUGUGCUGCCUGUGCUGUCUGUGCUGCCGCCAGAUCAAAUGAUUCUCCUGCUCAAUUUGUAAAAGCAUCAGCUGAGAGUAAACAAAUUAAAAGUGACAGUAAGAAACAGCUUUUAACCGUGUCAUAGUGCUUCGUAAACAGGGUGUUUCGGAUGCUACCUGAAAAGAAACGAGACUGCUGUCCUUUCAUUUUCACGUCCAGAAAGUCCACUCCACCAUUAGAUUUACAAAUGAUAAACCAAGCAAGGGUGUUUACUAUAUUGGCAACAUUGCACAAAUAAUUUUGUACUUUGAUUUUGUAUAUAGUGA